UAUUCUAUCGAUUCAAUGAACCAUAACAUGGCGUACGAGACGAAAUGAAAACUAGACUCGACGACAAAUUACAAUAUUUCGCUCGCUGGUUACGUAAAUAGCGUAAUUUUAAACGUAUACAAAAAUUCUGGUGAUUCUUCCAACACACUUUUACUAAUACAUACGGUAAAAUGAUUUAGAAAAGAAUGAAAAUAAUGGCUACUAAUUUCGGAUACAAAAGAGAAGCUGUAAGAGUCAAAGCAAUAAAAAUCGACGGUAAUUGUAUGCCAGAAACUAGGAAAUUCAGCGUUGAUCCUCAAAUCACAACUUUCGAUGUAUUACGAAGUAUUCUAUCCAAAGCAUUCGACAUCAAACCAGAUUUCACCGUAUUUUAUCGAGUAUUGGACGACUAUAAUCAAGAAACUUAUUUACCAUUACUUUCUGACUGGGAUCUCGAUGCAGCCUUCGUUAGCGCUGCAGAUCCUUGUCUGUGUUUAAGAAUAGAUAUGAAAAUAUACGAAGAAGUAGGAGAAGAAUGGAGUGCCGGUUCGAAUUCCUUGUCUUGGAUUACAGAAAGCAAGAUUCCGUUGAGGUUACAGGGCAUGAUUAUGAAUCAUGUGGAAAAAACCGUCAGUAUGUUUCGAGGUGCUUUAAACUUUAUCGAAGAUAUUCAACAAGCUCAAGAAGCCACAAAUCAACCUGUAUUUGCUCCUUUGACCGAUGCUGAUUUUAGAGAAUACCUUAAUUCCGUUGGUCAACUCGUGAAAGUGAAUGAAUUCAAGAAUACUAUUUAUUUCGGCGGAGUGGAUCCGAGUUUCAGAAAAGUCAUAUGGAAACAUUUACUAAACGUAUACCCCAAAGGUCUCUCCGGUAAGGAAAGAAUGGAGUACAUGAAACGUAAAUCUCACGAAUAUGAGCAGCUAAAAAACGCCUGGAAAAACGCCACGAACGAUGAACAGAUGAAAGAAGAAUUGAGUUUCGUUACCAGUAUGGUUAAAAAAGACGUACUAAGGACCGAUCGUCAACAUUCGUUUUACGCUGGCAAAGAUGAUAACCAAAAUAUAGUCUCGUUAUUCAAUAUUCUCACCACGUACGCUUUGAACCAUCCCUCUGUGAGUUACUGCCAAGGAAUGAGUGAUUUAGCAUCUCCAUUACUGGUAACGAUGGGAAACGAAGCUCACGCCUAUAUUUGUUUUUGCUCUCUGAUGAGACGUCUCGCUCCAAACUUUCUAAUAGAUGGUGUAACAAUGACUCAACGUUUCCAACAUUUGGCCGAUGGGCUGUUAUAUUACGAUCCGACGUUUUACGCUUAUUUGAAAGCUCGUCAAGCGGACGACUUACUCUUCUGCUAUCGCUGGCUACUGCUCGAGAUGAAACGUGAAUUCGCCUUCGACGACGCGUUACGAAUGUUAGAAGUAAUGUGGAGCUCGUUACCUCCAUCAGAUCCAUCUUGCGAGCUACCUCUGUACGAGGUACGUUUUUGCUCCGACUCGCAAUUCCCUCCUCCUCCUAGUCCUAGUCCAAGAGAAACACCAUAUACCAAAGUAUGCGCUCUACGACGUCAAACGUCUUCCGGUAAAGCGCUAAUGAUAAAUCGUAGCUUAGACGAAUCGGUAAUAGCCAAACGCCGCUUACACAAUUCCACGUUCAACAAAGCGAAGAAAUUCAGCAGCUUGGAUGACGCCGCUUUCCUAGGUAAUCGUUACACUUCGAAGAGUUCGUUAGCUUCGAGUUUAGCACCAUCUCCAGGCUGCGUAUCCGGCUCGGUAUUCAAUUACAACUCCAAUGCGACCGCUGUAAGCAAUAACAACGAGAAAAAACGACUAUUGUUGGAGGUUGUCGGUAAAUCCAGUACUGAAAAAGAUCUCACCACCAAAGCUAACCUAGCUGCUAAUAAAAAAGUGAAAAAUUUCAACGAGUUUUUAACCCUCGAGAAGAAAAUAGCCAAAAAGAAAGCUUUCAAAGAGGGCGACUCCGGUUCUGUUGAAAUUCCCUCUGAUAGUAGCCCUUCUCCCGAUGAUUCUAGCGAAUACUACCCGAUGACUACGUCGAUUACGCAAAAACUUAGUAAAGAUUUAGAAAAUCUCGAGAAACAGGUAUUCAACGUACGAAUCGAGAACACCGAUAAAGGCAACGAAGUCGAAUCGAAGAAUAUCGGCGAAGAAGUAUUCGUUUGGGAGAAUCCUUUACAAGACGACGCUACCCAAGAACUUUCAGCUAGCUCAGCCACUAGUACCGAUAGUAACGUCGACUCUUCUAGUACUAGCGAUGAUGUUGCUGUCGAGCCGUCAUCUUGUAACGGUAAACAUCUUAGCGAAGAGUUCGAAUUCGGUAGCUCGUUUAAAAGUAAAGAUAAAGUUAUUCUACCCGGACCGACCGAGUUCGGUGGCGGUAAUCCGUUCCUAAUGUUUUUAUGUAUCUCGGUGCUAACUCAGCAUAGAGAUAUGAUUAUGAAAUCCAACUACGAUUAUAACGAAAUAGCUAUGCACUUUGAUAAAAUGGUCAGAAAACAUAACGUGAACAGGGUUCUGAAUCAAGCCAGACUUAUGUACGCCGCUUAUUUAAAACACCAUCGACAGAAUUAUCUGAAAGUGUAAAGCACUGUGACAAGCACAAUGAUCUACCUAUCUGUAAACUUUUACGAACCUAUCUCUCUCUCUCUGUCUCUCUUUUUUUCUCUCCUUGUAUCUGUUAUACCUAUUACGAAAAUCAAUCUAGUGAAUUGCUGUGAUUAUUUAAGAAAGCAGUAACUUGAUUUUAAAAAGUUAUGUCAUUUGUAAUGGCCAACUCCGAAAAGGUGUUCAAUUUUUUCUAUUAUUUUCAUAUUUGAAUUUUUCAAAUAUUUUUUAACAAAAACCAAGUAAGCCAAAAAAUUGAUAUUCUUGAAAAAGUAUGUACUUGUAGUAUUUCAUUUAGUUUAUGAUCUAGUAUUAUUUUGGACUCGGGAGUUACUGUGUACUUACCUGCGUAAGCUAUUUUUGUUUUUAUUUUGUUGACAUUUUAACGAAUUUUUAAUUCCUUUAGCUUUUUAGUGAAUAAAAAAUAUCUUUUGUUAAUCCGAUUGUGAGAAUUACAUUCCAUUUUUAUGAUUCGUAUCGGAAUUAUCCUCGUUUUAUUCUUUAUAUUCUUUAACGUAAGUUUUUUUUUUCUUUAUAUUUAUCGUGUAUUAGAAAUUUCGCCAAACAUUUUCAAGUUUUACAACUUUCGCUUUUUUUUUCACUAUGUUAAGAAUUCGUUUUUCAUUUAUAAUGAUCCAUAAUAAAUUACAAUUUUUGAACGUU